CUUUUCUUACGACGUCUCAUAAUUGCAUUCGCCCAAUAUAAUUUCAUUUAUACUUUCCUCGAGUCUUACUGCAUUUUCUUUAUAUAGGACAGGAUGCCUGAGCUAGUACUGUUGCCGACUAGCACGUACCGACCUCCCUCCCCCUCGCUGGCACGAGGGCCGGGGAGGUCACUUAAUACAAUAAUGGAGGAGGAACCUGAAGAUUCGCAAAAGUCCGCGGCAUUGAGGAAUCGUAGAUUCCCAGCUAGCCAAUCCAACGAGAAGAUAGUACAGUGGCUUUCGCCACGAAGUGACCGCUUCCCGACUCCAAGAGGCUUUCAUUUCUUGUCAGCUCCGAUACUGCCUGAAUCUCCCUCGACUACAUCCGCCGACGAAAGCAAUUCUCCGUCAAUAACAUCAUCGGACCCGUGGAACCGAGCGAGUAUAAGUACUGAUGUCACAGAGUUUGAUGAUAUAUACGGGGUUUCUGACGAAGACGACACUCAACGUGCAACUCCGAGAAAAUCUUCAUUGAAGCGUCGGAACAGUUCUCGCAACACAAUGCAGAAGCGACCUGCAACUCAGUCGCAAGCCUCGCACCGGGCUCUUCCACCCUUAACUAUACCAACUCAACAGGAGCACAAUGCCGAUAGUUGGUCAGGCAGGCCGGAUUUUAAGAAGCUCAUGUCACCACUACCUCCUACUCCUCAAGCCAAGGUCGAGAUGUCUCCAGCCGUGAUAUCAUUCUUGCAAGCUCAACAGUCUCAAGAGGUACCGACCAUUUCCGCACCGCCAUCCCUCGAUGGAAGCUUGAGCUCCGACCAAAUGGCUGCCAUGUCUGCGCCACCCACACCAGUGAUUGGGACGGGAGAGGCCAGUACUAGUACGGAUUGGUCUGGUGUUCAACUACAACCCGCUGCUCUAGCUACUUUGCAGGCAUUAUCCAGCAACGAAGAUACGGAUGAUGAAUACCAGCCGGAGCAGGUUAUCGAGGUCGUAGAAGAAAGGAGGCCGGAGAUGUCGCAGCAAAAUCCUCGCCUCCUCGCCUCUAUGAAUCGGCCAGUUCUUAGGCUGUCGACUCAGCAACAGCAGCAACCCCUUAGUGGUUUGACGCGGCUCGAGAUUCCUUCGCCAGGGGGCUUCUUCUCUGGCCUUUCUCCGCGUACUAGGCACACCUGGCAUCUCCAGUCGAUGACGCCCGAUGACAUUGCUCCUCCUACUUCGACUACCGCAGAGCAGUUUUAUCGAUGUCCAUGGAACGAGGCAACUUCUCGAGGGCCAAAUUUCCCAAAUGUUCCGGUCCUACCUCCUCCUCCACCACGCCCCGAGCGUUUUGCGCCCCUUCCAUCAGCACCAGUGGAACAAAUCGUAGAAAUCAGGGGUACAAUGUCAGACGGUAUUCCAACUGCAAGGCCAGCCAUCCUAGAGCACGUUAUUGAGGCUAGGGGUGAUCCCACAGAAGAUAUUCUUACAGCACGCCGUGUCGACCCAAGAAAUCCCCCAAUUGAGCCCACAGCCCCCCCCGAGCCCUUAACCCCUCACGAAGACGUUACGGCUACGGAGAUCGUUGCAACAUAUGACCCUGAGUACGCCAAGAAGCAGCAAACAGCUACCCUGUCGAAUCUAGACAGGACCGAGUUAUGGCUUAGGGCGCAGAGGGCUUACCUCCAAGGUAUUGUCCCCGAAGAGGAGUUCAAUAUUGAGACCGAACGUGAGCUGGAGACAGGAGACCUCCAUGUUGAAGAGGAGCCAAGAACGAAAAAAAGCGAAAUAGAAGUGGCGUCCCCUGCGCAAAAGAAAAAGACAGUGCGUUUUUCCGAGAUUGUUGUCAAGGCUGACAUCCCAAAGACUCUGCCACCUAAGCUCUUACGGCAGGAGUCGGCUUACUACAGAGCUUUCCAAGACUAUAUCAUCCGCUCUCGCAGUCAAGACGCGUUCGUUCAUCGUCUUCCACGCUUUGAAGCUAUGCAAGCUCAACGCAUCUCCCUACGAGAGACUCAUCGCAACCAGCUUCUUGGAAAGUAUCAACUAUCGGUAGUACCGCAAUCGGCUAAGAAGCGGAUGAGUGCCAACGUAGCUCGCGGCGACGACAUUCUUGUGGAUGACCCUGAGAAGCUGAAGCGCGAAAAGGAGCACGAGGCGCUGACCCAAAUGUCUAUGGCAAAUUGGCAUGUUGGCGCGACUAGGGCUUUGAAUGGGGGGCGCCUGUUCUCUGCACCCAUCGCCAAGCGCCUUUCUCGUCUCUCUCGCAUCGGCGGCGCAAAGGACCGGGCACGUAUACUUGACCUCGGCGGCCAGUCUACUUGCGACUGGGCUUGGCACUGCGCCAUCAUGUAUCCGAACACUAAGGUGUACACUGUGACAACCAAGGCAAUUCGGCAGCUCUCCAACUCAAACAUUCGCGGUCCACCCAACCAUCGACAAGUCGCUGUCGCUCGACUUUCACGAUUGCCUUUCCCAGAUGCGCACUUUGACAUGGUCUCGGCACGUGAGCUCCACACGAUCCUUAAAUUAAUCGGCGAGAAUGGUGAGGAUGAAUGGGAUAGCUGUCUAGAUGAAUGUAUGCGAGUUCUCAAACCAGGAGGCUAUUUGGAGUUCUCGCUCCUCGACUCAGAUAUCAUGAACGCAGGACCUCUCGGCCUCGCCAAAUCGGUUGAAUUUGGGUUCGCGCUCAAAACACUUGGCUAUGAUCCUAGCCCGACGCGUAUGUUCAUGGGCCGUCUCCACCGUGCCGGAUUUGACCAAGUUCGCCGUGCUUGGAUGUGCCUUCCGAUGGGCCCGGAUCCGGCUGUGCGUCGUAACCGCAAGGUGGCGCGCGAUAGCACUGGCGUAGAGCGUCCUCUCGAGUUAGAGGCCAUAGUCUCAGGCAGCACAGAAGCGGCGGCGUCGGUGGCAGGUUUAGCGGGGAGCUGGGCUUGGGAGCGCUGGCUGCUACGGUGUGAGAUGGAAAAGGUGGCGUGCGAAAGCCGUCUAGGAUUCCUUGAGGCGGAAACGGCAGAGAUGCGCGAGGCAGGCAAGUGUCUCAACGGCGUACAUGAAGUAGUAGAGGAAGGGCGCCGGUCAGGUUCUGGGUUUAGGAUGUUAAAUGGGUUUGCUAGAAAGCCUCCUACCAAACUCGAUGGAGGCGGAAAAUCGUCUCGUUGAUGGAUG